GGGUGGGGCAGGAUGCUGGAUGGCCCACUGUUCUCCGAGGGGCCUGACAGCCCCCGGGAGCUCCAGGAUGAGGAGUCUGGCAGCUGCCUCUGGGUGCAGAAGUCCAAGCUAUUGGUGAUAGAAGUGAAGACUAUUUCCUGUCAUUAUAGUCGCCGCGCCCCUUCUCGACAGCCCAUGGACUUCCAGGCCAGCCACUGGGCUCGCGGGUUCCAGAACCGCACGUGUGGGCCGCGCCCGGGAUCCCCACAGCCGCCGCCCCGCCGGCCCUGGGCCUCCAGGGUGCUGCAGGAGGCGACCAACUGGCGGGCGGGGCCCCUGGCCGAGGUCCGAGCUCGGGAGCAAGAGAAAAGGAAAGCGGCGUCGCAGGAGCGGGAGGCCAAGGAGACCGAGCGAAAAAGGCGCAAGGCUGGUGGGGCCCGACGAAGCCCCCCGGGUCGGCCCCGCCCGGAGCCCCGCAACGCCCCUCGGGCAGCCCAGCCGGCAGGGCUCCCUGCUACCUUGCGGCCGGAGCGCCUGGCGCUGGUGGGGCGAGCGCCCCGUCCAUCCGCGCAGCCGCAGAGCGACCCAGGGUCGGCGUGGGCGGGGCCCUGGGGAGGUCGGCGGCCGGGGCCCCCAAGCUACGAAGCUCACCUGCUGCUGAGAGGUUCUGCCGGGACCGCCCCGCGACGCCGCUGGGACCGGCCGCCACCCUACGUGGCUCCACCUUCUUACGAAGGCCCCCAUAGGACCUUGGGGACUAAGAGAGGCCCCGGACACUCCCAGGUGCCCACUUCAUCAGCCCCACCUCCGACUCCGGCCAGGACAGAGGGAGGGCGCACAAAGAAGAGGCUGGAUCCUCGGAUCUACCGGGACGUCCUCGGGGCUUGGGGUCUCCGACAGGGGCAAGGUCUCUUGGGGGGAUCCCCAGGCUGUGGAGCGGCCAGAGCAAGGCCAGAGCCCGGCAAGGGGGUCGUGGAGAAAAGCCUGGGGCUGGCUGCUGCUGACUUGAACAGUGGUAGCGACAGCCAUCCCCAAGCCAAAGCUACAGGGAGCGCAGGCACCGAGACAACUCCUGCGGGGUCUGCAACUGCGGCUCCCAGUGCCCCGCGUCCCGCUCCCAGAUCCAGGCACCACCUCAAGGGCUCGAGGGAAGGGAAAGAAGGAAAAGAACAGAUCUGGUUCCCUAAAUGCUGGAUUCCCUCCCCUAAAAAGCAGCCGCCCCGCCAUAGCCAGACACUCCCCAGACCCUGGGCUCCCGGAGGCACCGGAUGGAGAGAAUCCCUGGGUCUUGGAGAGGGGGCAGGAUCGGAGACCCUGGAGGGUUGGAAGGCGACCCGCCGUGCCCACACCUUGCCCCGCAGUUCCCAGGGCCCGUCCCGUGGGGAAGGAGUCUUUGUCAUUGACGCCACGUGCGUGGUGAUACGAUCCCAAUAUGUUCCAACCCCCCGAACCCAGCAGGUGCAGCUUUUGCCCUCUGGGGUGACACGCGUGGUGGGGGAAUCCGCCAGCCAAUCGAAGCCCGGCAAGGAGGAGAGUGAAGGGGCCACGGUCUUUCCUUCCCCUUGCCGAAAGCGGCUGUCGAACAGUCGCCUUUUACACCAGCCCGGCGGGGGCCGCGGGGGCGAAGCUGAGGGCGGGAGGCCGGGGGACUCCUCACUGGAGGAGCGCACCUCCCGCAUCUUGGGGCUCCCGGCCCCGGAAGUAAACCUGCGGGACGCCCCCACGCAGCCAGGUAGCCCAGAGCACCAAGCCUUAGGCCCAGGAGCUUCGGGAGCCCAGGGCAGGGCCGAGGGCUCGGAAGUGGCGGUGGUCCAGCGGCGCGCGGGCCGGGGCUGGGCGCGGACCCCAGGGCCCUACGCCGGGGCCCUGAGAGAAGCCGUGUCCCGUAUCCGCCGCCACACCGCCCCUGACUCGGACACGGACGAAGCUGAGGAGCUUAGCGUCCAUAGCGGCUCCUCUGAUGGAAGCGACACAGAAGCCCCAGGCGCCUCCUGGCGGAAUGAGAGGACCCUGCCCGGGGUUGGAAACAGUUCGCCGGAGGAAGAUGGGAAGACAGCGGAACUGAGCGACAGUGUCGGAGAGAUCCUAGAUGUCAUAAGCCAAACCGAGGAGGUCCUCUUCGGGGUGAGGGACAUCAGGGGGACUCAACAGGGAAAUAGGAAGAGGCAGUGAGAGGCCCCUUCUUGUAUUUGAGUCCCCAACACAUCCAUCCUUGGGUCCACUGGUCCCCAUUCUUCCCCAGACUUCCUUUGCUUCUCUUUUCCUUGUAUCCUUACCCAUACCUAUUCCCAUCCUUGAAAUAUAAAUGAAAGGAAGGGAAGCAUAUGCCCAUUAAUGAUUUUGUUUCAGGAGAGGUGAGAAUCAGCAGUAGAUUUAAUUAAUGUCUGUUAUGUUCAGGACACAAGGAUGAGCUCUUCGCAGCUGAUGCACUGGGUGCGGAGCUGAGCAGAGAGGCCUAACAAGGAUCAGGCAGGAGGGCAGGGUUGGUGGCAGCCAUAGGAGGGCAGUGUAGGGCAGGGCCUCUGAGGAGGAGGGAAAAAGUGAAGGAGAGGCUUUGGACCCGGUGGCAGAGUGAUCAGAUGACAGAGGGGUUCUUGGCAGAAGAGGAAUAGGUCCAGCAACAACCAGCAAAGCAGAAGGAGGGCUCACCUUGGUGUCACAAGUCUUGGAUUUCAAUCCCAACUCUGCCACUGACUUGCUGGUUGACUGAGGCCUGUCACUUUCCCUCUCCAGGCCUCCUGGUAUAUAAAACAAUGGUAUUCUAAGGUCCAUCCUUCCAUCUCUGACAUUUUGAGAUCUUUGGAAAGGACUCUAUCUAAUCCUCCCCUGGACAAGCCAAGAAUGAGAGUUGGGAAUAAGUGAACAGAGUUUGAGGGUUUCUGGGCGGCCUCUUUGUCACCUGAAGUCAUGAUCAAUUCAGGAGACUGCCCAAGGUUUGCAGAAGAGGUAAGGGAGUGAGGCACUCCUAUCCCAGUCUCCCAGGUUUAGGUGAGGGCUCCCCAAAGCAGGGCAAGAUAAUGGCCCUGUCACUGACCCUGGCCUGUGGUGGUCUGAGCUGGGGAGGGAAGGACACCAAUGAAUCAGCUUGGGACCUCUUUAGGCCUUCCCCUUUUCCUCCACCCUAAUGCUCCUUAGUGAUGCUCUGAGGCGUGGCCACGAUUUCCCUCCCAGGUGGUAUCGCCCACCUGAAAAAAUCCUGAGAAUGUCUCCCAUCUCGGCCUCUUCCGAAGAAACUGGCCAGGCAAGGAAAGAGGCCGGUCCCCAGAAGCCAGUCGGCGUGGGGUGUGAUACUCUCUAUAGCCACUACAGGGCGCGCGCAGGUCGCGGAUCUCCCCAGUUGCUAAUUCCGGCUCUGCCACUCAAUCCGAUCCCUAGUUCCCAAGCGCGGGUCCCCAGCCUUGCAGUCUCCAGCCGUGCUGGGCCGGGAGCAGGCCUCCGGCCUCCCAGACUUCUGGAGCCCGCCGGUCCCAUCUUUAUACUCAUCCACCCCAGCCGGCUUGGGACUCAGACACCGAAGUCUUUUUUUUUUCUCUCCGAUCCUUGGACACCUCUGUCUGCCAUUUAUUAGCCAUGUGAACUUGGCCGCAUCACUUCACCUCCCUGAGCCUCAGUUUCCUCAUCUGUCAAAUGGGGGUUUAUAAACACCUACCUCGCAGGGUUGUUGUGAGGACUUAAUGCGAUAAUGUAUGUAAAGCGCCUUGCACACCGCCUGGCACACAGUAGGCGCUCAAUAAAUCUAAGCUUCCCUUUA